CGCUUAACUGGGAUAUUUUAAUCAGAAGGUGAAGGAUACAUGGUUUUUGCGUUUUUAUUUUAAUAAUGAAAUGGGCUAUUUUGCCUUGAAAAAGUCUUAACAGAUAUGUCUGAUUUUCUGUGUCCGAGAAACCUUACAGAUGUCCAUUUAGCGUCUUUGAGAUUGGGCUGUAGUCGGGACAAGUAUGGGAAUAACCAGUACCUUUGUUUACCUAACACCAAGAAGACAGCCCUUGUAGAAUUAUGUCAUAAUGGAAUCAUGGGGAUGAUAGUAAAGGGAAAUUGCUUGGAAACCAACGAGGGGAAAGUAUUACGAAAAGAAUGCUCUGAAUUUAAGAGUGGUUGCCCAGACACUGCGUUCAACAGUAAAGAUAUAUACAAAUACCGUGCUUGUCAGGAAAUCAAUAUAGAAUUCAACUGUUACCUUGCAGAGCCAUCUUGCCCAAAUCUGUGAGUUCAUUCAAAAAACAUUUGUACAUGUACAUGUAUUUAAAGGUACUUGGACACAGAUUUGAAAUCAUUAUUUUCUCUAUAAUAUGACGACUUAUAUAUUUUAAUAGCAUU